AUGCCUUCUAUGAAUCGCAAACGGGAAGAUGCAAGAACAAAGGAAGGAGCAUUCUUUGUUUCUGUUGUUGAUGCUGCUAUUCAGCCUGGACAGUCAACUCAAGAAUUUGGAGCUGGAAUGCAAAGAGAAUCUCAAAGAGUGAAGUAUAGUGAUAGCAGUAGAGCGUCUGCAGCUAGUGAACCUGAUGUAUUAAUCAAUAUGACGCCUGUUGAAAGAAGAUAUUUUUUCCAUGAUCCAUUGAACUUAGGAAGCCAACCAGUGAGUCCGACCUUUCAUCCACUUAUUGAUGGCACUCAAGAAGAAUGGUGGAAAUCAAAAUCCACUUUAUCAGUUACAGAUGGACAUGGAGACAUCAAGCCAAGCUCAUUGCAAGAAAUAAUUCAACAUUCUGUGCCUUUUAAAUUUCGCACACUUGCUGCUGUUUUAGAUUUUAAGCCCGAAGCUAGAAAUAUAUGCAAAUUAAUCCAUUUAUAUUGUCCAAAAUGCUUCUAUCUGUAA